AUGUCAGAACCUAGAGAUCUUGAGAAAGGAGACGGAAAUUAUGCUGAGGUCCCUGAAGGGAGUUCUUCUAUCAACGCUUCGAAUCAAGAAGACCAGAUUCAGAGUACCCUUCCUGACAUAAAUCCUAAACGAAAACUAGACAAAGGGUUGACAUUUAGUCCUGAGCAUUCAGAUGAAAAUGAUUCUCUAGAAGAAAGUCCUGAUAAGAUUGCCAGGGUCAUCGAAAAUACAGAUAAGCCAGAACCUCAUUCUUAUAAUCUCUCCAAUUAUGACAAGAAGGCAACGCUAAAUAAGAAGCAGAUGAAUAACUUCUCUCCUGCUUCUGAGACGGACAAGAUGAAGAUUUCCAAUAAAGAACAAUCAAUUUUUGCACCAAGAGGUCUUGAUGCUACGAGGAAUAAAAAUUUAGGCAACAAUUUGGAGGAAAAUAAAGAUUUCUCCAUUAAUAGUGUAGGGCAUCAUAGAGAGGAGCCCCACAGCGCCUCUAAUGCUGCAAAUGCAGAGCACCUCAAAAUGUACUCUUCAGCUGGCUUUGGCAAGAAAGAUCUUGAACGUAAUGAUAAAGAACAAUAUGAUGGUCUUCAAGAUGAAGAAUCCUCUCUUGAGCACGGAAGGGAAUCCCUUUCAGGUUCUAACUCUCAAAAACUGAGAAGUUACAUCAGAGAAGAGAACAAAUUAGGAGAUUUAGUGAAUGAGAUUAAAGAUGAUGAUGAGCAGGAAGAUGAAGACCCAGAUGAGCUUAUCAAGCUCAUAAAUGUACAUAAAACCUAUCUCAUGGGGCUUGAGGGUGUCCAAGCUCUAAGAGGAGUCAACUUGACUGUGAGAAAGGGAGAAUUUGUCACUAUUUUGGGAACUUCCGGUGGAGGAAAAACUACUAUGCUUAAUAUUAUUGGGACUAUUGAUAAACCUACAAAGGGUGAUCUCUAUUUGUGUGGACUCAGAGUAAAGAGUAAUACCCAAGAUAAGUUACUUGCAAGUAUUAGGCUUAAUAAAGUAGCAUUCGUGUUUCAGUCUUUCAACCUGAUCAGCUCUUUAUCUGCAACUGAAAAUGUUGAGCUCCCGAUGCAAUUAAAAGGAGGAAUGUCAAGAUCAAAGAUUCAUAAAAGAGCGAAGGAUUUAUUAACCAAAGUUGGCCUUGGAGAUCGGCUAGACCAUUUCCCAAAUCAGUUAUCAGGAGGAGAGCAGCAAAGGGUUACAAUUGCUAGAGCUUUGUCGAAUGAGCCCACAAUCCUUCUCCUUGAUGAGCCUACUGGUGAUUUGGAUACCAGAAGUUCUGAUAUAGUCAUGAAGAUCAUCAUGGAUCUGAACUUGAAUGACAACAUUACCAUGGUCAUGGUGACUCAUGAUGUUGCACUGAAAGGCUUUGCUUCCAAGAUCGUCAGAAUGAGUGAUGGAAGAAUUGGCUCCAUUGAAGAAAUUUCCAAUAAAGAAAGAAUGAAAAAUUACAACAAGCUUAGAAGAAGAGUCGAAAAUAUUGCAAAUGGAGAAGAUAAAGAUAAGCUUAAUGUCAGAGAAGGAGUACAAGCAUACGAUCAACAAGAUGAUGAAUCUGAUGAAGGAAGUGAAAGCGAGGAGGAAAAAGAGGUCAGCAAACGUAUCUUUGAUAAAUCUGUUGAAGAGACAGCACCGCAAGAUCCAGGGAUCAACAGAGGCUUACCUAACAGAAUGAGAUUUAUUCAAAAUGCAAGAACAAGUAAGACCUCUGUCAGAAUGCCAGGCGAUUAUCCUUAUAAGAAGAAAGUUUGCUAUCUGGACUAA